AAGGGAUAAUCUUAUCAAAUCAAUUGGGGCCCUCGAAAUCAGGUUUUAUACACACACGAGUAAAAUAGAACAAGGCCGAAAUUGUACCGAUGCUGGGGAAGGAUUCGAUGAGGAUAGCAGCAAUAUCAGAUGUACAAGGGAACUUCGAAGCAAUCCACCAAGUUUAUAAUGAAUCGGUUGAAUAUAUAAUUCAUACUGGUAAUUUUGGAUUUUGGGAUCAAGAGACAAUUGAAGAUUAUAAGGACUUGAAUUACUUAAAGCAGAUUGUGUCGUUUUCUAAGAAAUUAGAUUCCAGGUUAGUGGAAGAAUUGAAUAAUUUAUCAACGAUUAAAUCGAAUGCUAAUAACAAUGAUAAGGAUUAUGAAAUAUUUACGAAUAAAUUACGAAAUAAUCCGAUAAGUGAUAUGGAAUUAUAUUUAAAAGGACACAAAAGUUUGCCAUGUCCAGUCUAUACAACUUUUGGCCCAUUGGAUGAUCCAAAGAUUAUCAAUAAGUUUCAAAUUGGAGAAUAUCAAAUACCUAACUUAUAUAUAAUUGAUCAUUUGAAAAUUCAUGAGAUAAUAAACCCUAAUAAAAAUCAGCCAAGUAUCAAGAUAUACGGAAUUAGUGGGAAUGUUAAAAUACAUAAUCUAUUUGAUCAUGGGAAUCUCAAUUAUGAAUAUUUAAGUGGGAAAGUUGGAGAUUUAUGGAUUACUUUAACGCAGAUCAGCCAAUUAUAUAUGAUGAUCCAGGAAGAAAUGAAUGCUAAAGAGAGCAUUAAUAUAUUUGUAAGUUAUGCUCCCAUAAUUAAGAGUCCAAUUUUGGAACAUUUAGCAAUUAUAACUCACGCAAAUUUUACGAUAAGUCAAGGAUUACAUUUUAGAUAUCCAGUUAUGGGGAAUGGGAUGAGUUUCGUUGAUAGUAUGGGAGGAUCUGCGGGAUAUAUUGAGAAUUAUCGAUCUAAAUUUUCAAGAUUAAGAUUAAUUUUAGGAGAGUUAUGGGUAGUGGUUAAAAAGCAUAUUUUAGAAGUUUUAGAACAAUAUCCCAAAGAAGAAUCAACCAAUUUGAGACAAACGAUUGAGAUUGGAUUAAAAAUAUUCGAUAAAAUUCCCAUCUCGAUUAAUGAGACUAACGAUAAGAUAAUACCAUUAACAUUUGGAGAUGAAGAAGAGGAAGAGGAAGUGGAAGAAAAUUAUGAGAUACAAAAACAAAUAUUGAAAAAAAUCAAUGAUUACUAUUUCAGUGCAUAUUACAAUCUAUGGCAUUUUAAUCUAACCAAUUUAAUAAUGGAAGAAGAAGAAGCAGAAGAAAUAGAAGAAGAAGAAAAAGAAAAAGAGCUUAAUAUGAUGAUUUUCAAACUAACCAAAUAUGGGAAUUUCAAAUUAGAGUACUGUAAAAGUCAAGGAUUCAACUUUAAUUUUAAAAAACCAAGCUCCCCACAGUCAAGAGAACAAAAACCAUCUAUUGAUGCUAUUGAGUAUUCUCCAAAGACUGGAAUUAAAAGAGAAGUAUUCGAAGAUAAUUUGAUUCGUAGUAAACGAUUAUUAGAACGAGGAUCUCGUUCUAAUAGAGCUCGAGGUAAAUUCAAAACUAGAGCAAAGACUAGAUUACAAAAAUGA